GCCAUCUUUAGCUGAGCUGACACAAACUACGGGAGCAGAGUUGGGAACGAAACUAGGUCAGACGCUCGGAAACGAAAACACUUCUGACAAUCUCGAUUCAGACGGUGCUUCUCGUCAACAUCGGCCGACCUCUUCGACCCAUCGGUGCUGUCCUAUGGUCCGAUGUGUUUGAUCGGUCAGCUAGCCCCAACGCAGUUUUCUUGUGUCGGUCCCGGUUGACGUUGAGUGGUCGCCUUUUCUGACAAACAGCCGAAAGAGGGGGAAGCCAGGAUGAAACGAGGUCUUCAAGGGAAUGAGCAGGAGGACGGAGGUGGCACCAGCAGUGGGUCUCAGGAGACUCUUAAACGGCCCUGCAAGCAGAGGAGAGAUAAAGAUUGUGAAGGGGAGGGAGUCCACUGGGAGUGUCUGCCACAGGAGAUCCUGCUCCACAUCUUCCAGUACCUGCCUCUGCUGGAUAGGGCUUACGCUUCUCAGGUGUGCCGGAGCUGGAACCAGGCGUUUCAUAUGCCAGAGCUGUGGCGGUGCUUUGAGUUUGAGUUGAACCAGCCAGCCAGCUCCUACUUGAAGGCCACACACCCGGAUCUCAUCAAGCAGAUAAUUAAAAGGCACUCCAACCACCUGCAGUAUGUCAGCUUCAAGGUUGACAGUAGCAGAGAGUCUGCAGAAGCAGCCUGCGACAUCCUCUCUCAGCUCGUGAAUUGUUCUUUGAAAACGUUGGGGCUCAUCUCCACCGCCCGGCCCAGUUUCAUGGAGCUGCCCAAGUCUCACUUCAUCUCAGCACUGACGGUAGUUUUUGUGAACUCCAAAUCUCUGUCCUCCCUGAAGAUCGAUGACACACCCGUGGAUGACCCCUCCCUCAAAGUCCUGGUGGCUAAUAGCAGUGACACGCUCAAACUGCUGAAAAUGAGUAGUUGUCCGCAUGUUUCCCCUGCAGGCAUCCUGUGUGUGGCUGAUCAGUGCCACGGCUUGAGAGAACUGGCCCUCAACUACCAUCUGCUGAGUGAUGAACUUCUUAUCGCGCUCUCCUCAGAGAAGCAUGUUCACCUUGAGCACCUUCGCAUCGACGUGGUCAGUGAUAAUCCAGGCCAGCAGUUCCACACCAUCAAAAAGAGCAGCUGGGACGCCAUGAUGCGCCACUCUCCUAAAUUCAAUCUGGUCAUGUACUUCUUUCUCUACGAGAACGAGUUCGGACCCUUCUUCUGCGACGAGAUCCCCGUCACGCACCUGUACUUCGGCCGCUCCGUCAGUAAAGACGUGCUGGGCCGCGUUGGGCUCACCUGCCCCCGUCUGGUGGAGCUGGUGGUGUGUGCCAAUGGGCUGCGGCCGCUGGAUGAAGAGCUGAUCCGCAUCGCCCAGCGCUGCAAGCAUCUGUCGGCCAUCGGCUUGGGAGAGUGCGAAGUGUCCUGCAGCGCCUUUGUGGAGUUCGUCAAGAUGUGCGGAGACAGACUGACACAGCUAUCCAUCAUGGAGGAAGUGCUGGUACCUGAUCACCGCUAUGGGCUGGAUGACAUUCACUGGGAGGUGUCGAAGCAUUUGGGUCGUGUCUGGUUCCCCGACAUGAUGCCUACCUGGUAGAGCUGAGGGAAUCCGAGUAGAUUUAAAUUGUUAAAUUGUAUGAGUGUAUGUGUUUCUUGUGUUUGACACCACUCAUUUUUCUCCUGUCUUUCCCAGGAACUGUACAUACCGCUUUUCUCCGCGAGUAACAAAACAUAACAUGUCUUUGAGCUUCGAUCUGAUGAAACAUUAUAUUUGUUUUGUUUUUUAAAGUCACUUUGAUUUCCACUCUGCCGUAUUGUUUCAUGUACUGUAUAUGAUUUUUAUAUUUAUAUGAAUAUUUAUAUCUAAAUGUAUUUGUCUCAUUGUCACGCAUGACAUAAAGCACCUUGUCUCUGAGCAAUUUAUUAAGAACAUGCAGAUCGGUAAUGUGUAUGUUUCUGGAGAAUUCAGGUUUCCACAGGAAUUAACAGGAAUAUCUGGGAAUUAUUGGAAAUGAAGGGGAAUUUUUUUUCCAUGUACACAGGCUGUAUUUACUGUGUAUGAUUCAGUCAGAAGUGUGAAGAUUUUGCGCUGGCUUAAGUACAAAUCCUUUGAAUAGAAAUCAGAAACGUUCAUUUCAGCUAAAUCAUUUGGCAUACAGUCAACAAAUCGUAAACACCACACUAAGCACAAAAAGACUUUGAGCUCAAGUAUUGUGGUAGUUCGGGUAAUAAUCUUCACAUUUAAUGGAAAAUUCCCCAUUAGUUCCCCAUUCCUGUUAAAAUUCUCCCAACUUAAACUGUCGUGAAAGAUUUUUGAAAGUGUUUCUUACACUUUCCAGCCCAACUAAUGACACGCUGUGACUGUCUAAAAACGAAGAAAUGCUUCAUGAUUAGGGGACAAUCACCCCAAGCAGGAAGUUUGACCAUGUGACUGUGGUUGAAUAGGAUUACAUGUUGAAUACAUGCGGUUUCAUUUGGUUUUGGACUCCAUGUGUCAUCUGCUCCUGUCUUCUAUCGUUGCGUCUCUGUUUGAUGUCUUUGAAUGUGUUUUAGAACGCGUCGCAGAGUCGCUGCAUCUCAUUUAGAAGAAUGGAGCUGUCUCUUUCUCUGUCCUCUGAUUUGGUAAGGACAGAGCUAGCAAAGACCGCUGUUUGUGAAGGCGAUGCUCGACAGUGACUUUGGCCAUAAUCAUGUUAGUCUGUAUAUACUGUAUAUUUAUACAUAUAUAUAAAUAUAAAAAGAGUGAUGCUUGAUAUUUUUGUGUGUAGUGUACAAUAGCUACAUUUCUGCAUUGCCUGACCCUAUUGUAAUUGUAAAUAUUAAUGUGUCACAUUGCAAAACAAAUGGGAGGGAGAAAUUUUAGUUUACAAAUAUAUAUCUGUACAUUUAUUAAAUCUUACUGGUGCACUUUUACUCUGUUGAAGGAUCACAAGUUAAGUUUAGCUGCAGUGUCUUUAGAGCGUGAAAUGUUGCAGCACAAUCAUGAAACAUUUUACUGUGAUCUGUAAAUCUGUCAGUCCUGUAAGUUACACUCGUCAGUGAGCUAUCGUUCUGUUCUUUAAAAAACUAAAAAAAAAACUGAAUUCAAACUGGAUGUUUUUAGAAAUUAAAUCAGCAUUGUGGAACUGUGGAACUGAAAUAAUCUCCUAAAAGCACAAUCAUUCACCAUGGUAAUAUUCCUUUAAGACAAUAGUAACUUUUAAAAGAUUUAAAAAACAAUUCAGAAUUAGGGGUUAAAAAGUUAGAGCAGGGCUGCACAAUUAUGACCAGUAUUGUACAUACUGCAAUAAUGUUCUCAGGCUAUCGUACGGAAACUAUUGGCCAGCCGACGACCUUUUUUUACCCCCUUAAAUUAAUGUUCAUUCUUUGUUCUAUAUUGUAUCUGUGUGUUGCAUGCAAAAAAACAAAAAUACCAUUUAACCCAGAAGCAGCACAUCAUCCAGAUACUCCACUGCUCACUCAUACGUGGCAACUGUGGUAACGGAGGAAUAUAAAUAAAUUAAUAAUGUGAAAAUAGUAAUCUUAAAGCAGAAGACAGGACAGUGUGGCAGCUGAAUGUUGAAUAAAUUGAAUGUUUGCCUGAAUGUGAGUGCGUAAAAUAUUUCCAUUUCACUAUUGUUUUUGAUGCAGUAAAGUGGAUAGAAGAAUAAUAUCUGGAACUAUGGAUUUAUCACGCAUGUUGUCUGUGGACUUGCUCGAAGUUGCCACCCUUGGACUGUGCAGUAAAACAGACCUGCAAGUCAAACAUUAACAGAGUUGGCAUUCAUCCUAUGUAUGUUUUUUUUCUUUUCUUUUAUGGUGCAAAUGUUAAAUGAAAAAUAUCACUACUUCACUCUCUAAUAGUGACCCAUCAUGUCUUAAUUGUUUUUUUUCUCUUUUUCGAGGUCAACAAAGACAAUGGACUUUGUUCUUUACUGACUUGCAAUACAUUUUUAUUGCGUAUUUAUGAGAUCAUCUGCUGGUUAAUAUUAACUGUCUGCAUUUGUAUUCAAUGCUUGUAGAUAUUAUUGUAAUAUUCAAGGAUAGUAAGAGUAAGGGCUGUGUUUCUUCUUAUAGUGUACUGUGUGUUGCUUUUAUUUUAGUCAAACAUUGUACUGAGACUGGUAGGAGAGGUGACCUCUUGUACUUUUCCCAAAGACAGGUAUUAUGUGAGUGAAGUUCAUAGCUUCAUUAAAAAUGCCUGU